AUGUUCGGGUCUCUGAUGAACCGAGGCGCCUUGUCGCUGGCAGUGGUCUCGUUAUUGGCGUCCACUGCUGCGGCUGAAGUGUUUGACAAGCUCGCUGCUGUUCCUGAAGGAUGGCUUUAUUCCCGAACUCCCCGUGGAGACCAACCCAUCAAGUUGCAGGUUGCCCUAACCCAGGGUAACGCUGCCGGGUUCGAGCAAGCCGUGCUGGACAUGUCGACACCCGAUCACCCCAACUAUGGAAAGCACUUCCGCACUCACGAUGAGAUGAAACGCAUGCUGCAGCCCACUUCUUCCUCCGUGGAUGCAGUUCUCGAGUGGCUCAGGGAGUACGGAAUCACCGAUAUCCAACAAGAUGCCGACUGGAUGUCGUUCCAGACGACCGUGGAGAAGGCCAAUAACCUCCUGGAUGCCAACUUCCAAUAUUACAUCAACCGCUACAAGCACGUCGAGCGUCUGCGUACCCUGGAGUACUCCAUCCCCGAGUCUCUCGUCUCCCACAUCAACCUCGUGACUCCUACCACUCGCUUCGGUCAGCUCCACCCCAAUCGCAUUACCCUACACGGCAAGGCCAAGGCCGCCGACGAGAGUUUCCGUAAGGCUGCCAUGUCUGCCAGCUCCGAUUGCAACAGCGCUAUCACUCCUCAGUGUCUAAAGGAUCUGUACAAGGUUGGUGACUACCAGGCCGGUGCUUCCAAUGGCAACAAGGUUGCUUUUGCUAGCUACCUGGAGCAGUAUGCGCGGUACGCCGAUCUUGCUCUGUUCGAGCAAGAUAUUGCUCCCUAUGCCAAGGGCCUGAACUUCACCGUCAUCGAGUACCACGGUGGUCUUAACGACCAGAACUCCGCAGCUGAUAGCAGCGAGGCCAACUUGGAUCUGCAGUAUAUUGUCGGUGUCAGCGCCCCCGUCCCAGUCACUGAGUUCAGCACUGGUGGUCGUGCACCCCUUGUUCCCGAUUUGGACCAGCCUGACCCGAACAACAACAACAAUGAGCCGUACCUGGAUUUCCUGCAGAACGUUGUCAAGAUGGAUGAUGAGGACCUGCCCCAGGUUAUCUCUACCUCCUACGGUGAGGACGAGCAGAGCGUCCCUGCCAGCUACGCCCGCAGCGUCUGCAACCUUUUCGCCCAACUCGGCAGCCGUGGUGUCUCCGUAAUCUUCUCCUCCGGCGACUCCGGCGUCGGCGCAGCCUGCCAGACCAACGACGGCAAGAACACGACUCACUUUCCCCCUCAAUUCCCGGCUGCUUGCCCCUGGGUCACCGCCGUCGGCGCAACCACUCACACCGCACCCGAAAAGGCCGUCUACUUCUCCUCCGGCGGCUUCUCCGACCUCUGGGACCGCCCCGCCUGGCAAACCGCCGCCGUCAGCACCUACCUCCUUAAACUCGGCACCCGUCAAGCAGGCCUCUUCAACCCCAACGGCCGUGCAUUCCCCGAUGUUGCCGCCCAGGGCCAGAACUACGCUAUCUACGAGAAGGGCCGUCUCACCAAGGUGGACGGUACAUCGGCCUCUGCGCCCACGUUCGCGGGUGUCAUCGCUCUGCUUAACGAUGCCCGUAUCAAGGCUGGCCAGCCAAGCAUGGGCUUCCUCAACCCGUGGUUGUACUCGAACACCGAUGCCCUGAACGAUAUCACUACCGGUGGAAGCACUGGUUGUGAUGGAAACAGUCGCUUCGGUGGUUCUGCUAACGGUGGUCCCGUCGUGCCCUACGCUAGCUGGAAUGCUACCGAGGGCUGGGAUCCUGUUAGUGGGUUGGGAACACCUAACUUUGAGAGUAUGGUGAAGUCUGCCACUGGGCAGUAA